CCACUCCCAAGAAACGCCGGUACAGCUGAAGCCUCAGCAGUGUGUGGAAAGCAGGUGGAAUUAAUUAGUCAGGCAGUGUGAAGCUGGACACAAUCAUCGGAUCGACUUGUGCGGUCUGGCCGACAUCAGUUACAUUUCAGAAACGCUGGAUAAGCUUAAUCUUGUGGAUUUGAAUGGACAAGGCAGCCAGAAGUUUACGGCCCAGCUAGUAAAGCCCAAUAAAGUUUCCAUAAUGCCAGUGAAGAAGAGGAAACUGCCCGACUCUGAAGAUCACGGGCACAAGUGUAAAAUUACCAGCUUUCCUCGUCCUCAGGCUCGUGCUGUGAAGCCAAGCGGCGCUGAAAGGCAGUUUUCCGGUAAAAAGUGCCUGGCUUGGUUCCACAAGUACGCCGGCCCUGAAAAGAUGGUCGGCCCGGAAGCCAUGGAGAAGUUCUGUGACGAUAUCGGAGUGGAACCAGAGAAUAUUAUAAUGCUAGUUUUGGCGUGGCAUCUAGGAGCGUCAAAGAUGGGAUACUUCACGAAAGACGAGUGGCUGAGUGGGAUGACAGUACUACAAUGCGACUGCACUGAGAGGUUGCAAAGCAAACUCGACUACAUGCGCAACGAGCUCAACGACGCCACAGCUUUCAAAAAUAUCUACAGAUACGCUUUUGACUUCGCCAGAGAUACGAACCAGAGGAGUUUGGACAUGGACACGGCGACAUCCAUGCUGGCUCUGCUGCUGGGCAGAACCUGGCCUCUCUUUCCCGUCUUCCGCCAGUUCCUGGAGCAGUCAAAGUACAAAGGCCUGAAUAAAGACCAGUGGUACAACGUUCUGGAGUUCAGCAGGACCAUCAACACCGACCUCAGUAACUACGACGAAGACGGAGCCUGGCCCGUGCUGCUCGACGAGUUUGUGGAGUGGCAAAAGGCGCUGCCGGCAUCGCAGCGGCCGCCGUGCGUCACCACAAAAAGGGAAGGAGAGCGAAAACUACCUGCAGAGACGACGCAGCUCUGACAUGGUAUGACCAACGCAAAUAAAACCGUACAUAACACAGAAACAUGGACUGCAGAAUCGUCACUGUGGACUCUUUACUCCUCACCUCCAGACAUCGUCUGCCACUGAUAAACUGCUGCUGGGAAUCCUUCCUCUCAGUAGAGGUCACUUUGUUUUCUCAGUGUUGAUUUGGAGAAGAACACGUGGAAACAAAACGAGUGGAAGGAGUUGUGAAAUUGUUUCGCUUUUCUUGUUUAGAUGUUUUCACUGUUAUUAAAAAUGAGAUUAAAAUGACAAGAUGCUUCUCCCUAAAUGUUGAAACAUGAAGGUUUAUUUCAGCACAUUAAUCUGAAAUACAGCCUGGAAAAGAUUCAGCUAUAAUUUUACAUCCUCCAGGUGGACAGGAUUUAGUUGGAAAACAUUUUAAACAAGAAUACUCUGAAGAAAUGUAGUUUAGUCUUUGCACUUUAAAUUAUAUCAUAAUAACUUCAUUGUGAACUAUAAAUAUUUUGUUUUACAGCUUUUGGAUCAGGGUGUCCAAACUUUUUGCUCUGUGAACAAAAAUCAACAAGUUGAAGCUUUUAGUCAUGUUUUUUCCCCAGUUAAAAAAAAGCCAGAUUUUAUUGUAAAUAUUUAACUUUUGUGAUUUUUUUUUUUUUUUUUAGAACAAAACAGAGUUUAUUAUAGUUUCUGAAAAGGACCUCGGAUGUUUGUUGGCUAACAAAAGGGUGUACAAUUUUCUAACUUUAUGGGGUUUAUUUCUUGGUCUAGAAAAUGUUUUCAUACAAACAAAAACUUUCUUAUAAAUUCUAUUAAUUUAAUAACUGGAUACCCAAGUCCUGAAUGUUUGUGGCCUGACUUGCAUAGUUAUAUAAAUGACCAGAAACGUUUUAAAUUUAAUUUAACCAUAAAGUGUAUAGGGAGUGGAAAUGUUUAAAAGCAGGUGUAACUGGUGAAAAUAUUUACUGUGAGUACUUUGUCAGAAAAUUGGACGGUAGUCCCAAUAAUUAUUUUAACAAACCAAAAACUUUCAAUAUUAAAUUUUACUUUUUAAAUUGAAA